GCUGAUCUGACCUGGCAACAAAAUAACGUAGCUAGAGAGAUCUGCCAGGGAGGGGGCUGAAGAACAAAACAAUGACACUGCUCGGAAAGAUUCAGAUACAGUAACACUUUUAAAGACUUUUUAAACAGAACCUCGCGGAUUUCCCUCCCGGUUUAAAGUAAAACAGUCCGCGGAAAUCCGAGCUUUUGCCAUCAACUGGCUGUUGUUUUUGUUGAUAUGUUGUUCCAGCUCAGUUGACAGACUGGAGGCUAGCUGCUUGUUUGGACGGCUAUGAACUGUUAAGGUUUCCUGACCCUCUAAUUACAACAUUUCUUAGGAAAAAGUUGAAAAUAUCCGUCGAAACUAGCUAGCCGUAAGCUACGUAUUCCUAUUUGGAUGCCAAAUUUUCUGCUGAAUUUGCCAGCGAGCUAUUGAGGGUCAGUUUGCUAAGCUAGCCUGUUGUUAGCAUCAACAUUUGCACAUUCAUUGUUUUUUUCAGGGAGUUCAUUAUUUCGGUUGGUACUGGCUACUUGUACAUAUUUCUGGAUUAUUUUACAGUUUUCUGAUUAACCGUGUAUACAUUUUAAGUAAUAUUGCCGCUAAAUGCUAACUUUAAUGCAUGAACAAGCUAACUGUUUAGUGUUAACAUACAAGGCGUAACUCAAGGAGACGGCUAUUGCUACUUCAUCACUCCACUGUUACUUGCACUAAAUCACUUUGUACAAAAACCGUUUUAAGUGUUUGAAUAUCAUACAGCGAAAACAACUUCGAUAAAUUGUCGAGAACUAGUCGUUCCAACUAGUGUAUCACCAGCUCCGUUAACAUGCAGCUGUCUUAACUUGACUUCAUUGUAUUUGCUCAUUUCACCCCUCAGUAUUACUGCACGUCCUGCGUUUUUCAUUAACUGCUGUUGGAAAUAGUUCUUGUACAAGCUGUUCCAAUAAGCACCGGUCUGUAUUCAAAUUCACCUUGUAAGAAACGAUGAGUGGGCAUGGCUCAUCUUCAGAAAAGGGAGUUAAUACCAGUCUAAUAUGUCAAGAGAGUUAUUCCUGUGGUGGCUCUGAAGAGGCUGCAUAUGAGUGUGAUGAGUGUAGGAGCCUGCAGUGUGUCCGUUGUGAACUCGAACUCCACAGCCAGGAGCGUCUGAAGAACCACGAGAGGGUCCAGAUAGGUCCUGGACAUGUCCCUUACUGUGACAACUGUAAAGGAGGCAAUGGGGAUAAUGGGAAACGCCAUAGGUCUGUGGUCCGCUGCCAGAACUGCAAAGUUAACUUGUGCCAAGACUGUCAGAAACGCACCCACAGUGGAGGCAACAAGAAGAAACACCAGCUUACAUCUUACCCUCCACCACCGAAACCAGCAGAGGUCAACUCUGUGCAGACGUCUGUCCAGCCUGCCAUUCAAAUAGCUGAUGAGACCAAAUCUCAGAGAGCAAAACUUCUGGAGCAGGUGUCCAGUUUUCUCUUGGUUGAUGAGAAUGAGGAAAUGCAGAUUAAAGAUGAGGCUUCUUUCAUGAAGAGCCUCAGCUGCGAGCCCGACCAGCUGCUGAAGGUGGUGUCCAUCUUUGGUAACACAGGAGAGGGCAAAUCUCACACCCUGAACCACACCUUCUUCAUGGGCAGAGAGGUGUUCAAGACUUCUCCCACACAAGAGUCGUGUACGGUGGGCGUGUGGGCCGCAUUUGACCCCAUCCAUAAAGUCGUGGUCAUCGAUACGGAGGGGCUGCUUGGCAACAGUUCCAAACAGGGCCAGAGAACCCGCCUCUUACUCAAGGUGCUCGCCAUCUCCGACCUGAUCAUUUACCGCACCCAUGCUGACCGUCUCCAUGACGACCUCUUCAAGUUCCUCGGCGACGCCUCGGAUGCCUAUUUGAAGCAUUUUACCAAGGAGCUGAAGGCCACGACAGCCCGCUGUGGCCUGGAUGUCCCGUUAUCCACCUUGGGCCCUGCGGUGAUCAUCUUCCAUGAAACGGUCCACACUAAGCUGCUGGGUUCAGAGAAGUCAUCUGAGUCAGUAGAUCGGCUGCUGAUGGAGCGCUUUAGGAAGCUCUCCCGUUUUCCAGAAGCCUUCAGUUCUGUCCAGUACUGGGGAACACAGACUCUCAGUCCCCCUACUGACUUCCGUGGCCUGCAGAAUAAACUGGAGCAGCUCCUGGAUAACAACGCCACCCGCUCCCCCCGCACCCCGGUGGUCAUCUUCAAAGCGCUGCAGGCACUGAGUGAACGCUUCAAUGGGGAAAUUGCAGGUGAGCUGGUCGCGCACAGCUGCUUCUUUCCUGAUGAGUACUUCACCUGCUCCAGCUUGUGCCUCAGUUGUGGAUCUGGCUGUAAGAACAGCAUGAACCACUUAGGAGAAGGAGUGUGCCAUGACGCGAAGCACCGCUGUCGUUAUUCUGUUCAGUAUGAUAAUCGCAUUUACACCUGUAAGGCUUGCUAUGAAGGGGGAAAGGAAGUCAUAGUUGUCCCAAAGACCUCAGCUUCCUCAGACUCUCCAUGGAUGGGCCUCGCCAAAUAUGCCUGGUCUGGGUAUGUCAUUGAAUGUCCCAACUGUGGAGUGAUCUAUCGGAGCCGUCAGUAUUGGUACGGGAACCAGGACCCUGUGGACACAGUGGUCCGCACCGAGAUCCAGCAUGUUUGGCCAGGAUCGGAUGGCUUUUUAAAGGACAAUAGCAAUGCUGCACAGCGGCUUCUGGAUGGAGUCAACCUAGUGGCCCAGUCUGUGUCAGAGCUCAGUGUCAAACCUGCCAAGGCCGUCACCUCUUGGCUGACAGAUCAGAUCGCCCCAGCCUACUGGAAACCCAACUCCCUCAUCUUGGGGUGCCAUAAGUGUCACACAGUCUUCCAGGAUAAUGACACCAAGCAUCACUGCCGUGCCUGCGGGGAGGGCUUCUGUGACGGCUGCUCUUCCAAAGCUGCACCCGUCCCUGAGAGAGGCUGGGGUCUUGCCCCUGUCAGAGUCUGUGAUGUCUGCUUUGAGCAGAGAGCUUCAUAUGCAGAAGUACUUGAGGCAGAGCUCGAGGAGGAAGAAGGUGGAACUCUGGCUAGGAAGGUUGGAGAAGCGGUCACCAACACUAUAGGAGUUGUUGUCACUGCUAUUGACAUCCCACUUGGCCUCGUGAAAGAUGCGGCUCGUCCUGCCUACUGGGUGCCUGACCAGGACAUCCUGUCCUGCCACAACUGCCAACGUGAGUUCACUGCCAAGCUGUCCAAGCACCACUGCCGCGCCUGUGGCCAAGGAGUGUGCGACGAGUGCUCCGCGGAGCGUCGAGCCGUUCCGUCGCGUGGCUGGGACCACCCCGUGCGAGUGUGCACCAGCUGCAACCAGAAACCUGGAGAACUUUAACAGGGGCGGCUUUCCUUCCUCAGAGCACCAGAGAGAACCACUCACUCACUCACUCAGCUCGCAGUCUGUCACUGCUAAAGUAUACCUCCGUUACUCUAAUGGUUCUAUCUUGUAGCUGUGGGAAGGAAGUUUUUAGGAUUAUGUAGGACAAUUAGCAGAUUUGGGAUUUCAGAGUUCCUGUGGCCUUUGUAGAACAGCCAGAACAUGUGAGUUACUUGACUGAGUGUGAAACCUGCAUUUCCACUCUGAUUAUUCACAGAGUGAAUAUUUUCAAUCUUACUGACACAAAUCCCUAAUUUUACGUUCAAUGAGGCUGUUGAGCUAUUUUUCUACUAUCAGAAAAUAUAAAAAAAAUGUAUCAUUUCAAGAAUAAUAGUUAGCUGAGAAUGCUGGUGGUUGGUGUGAUUAGUCUCCAGCAAUUCUUAUUGUUGAGCAACAUUUCUCUGAUGUCGUAUGUGUAAUGGCAAAGAGAUAUUUUAUAUCUGUGCAGGUUCCAUUGCAUGCAUGUAUUGCAACAUUUUAGUUUUUGCACUAAGCCUUUUUCAGCUGUUAUAGGCUGUCGCUUACCUUGGCCAAAAGCCAGAUAUCCAGAGGAGGAAGUAGCCUGUCCCAAACUGAGUGAAUGUCUACUGCAGUAGGUCUAGACUGGAUAUCUGGCACGCCAAAAAUCAUUCAGGUCACUGUGUCUGUGCUGGUAUAAUGUUUAUAUUUCAUCAUGUAAUUUGUGGUUGUAUGAAGACAUAGAACUAUGUUAGAGGAGUGUGCGUCUGAAAUUUUGAAAAUUAUUUAUGUAUUGAAGCUAAAAAAAAAAAAUCCGCUUAUUAGCACUCUGGCAUGCAUGAGAAUCCGAGAGUUCCAUGGCCUUUUAGUUGUUCAGAGGACGGUCUCUGAAUAAACCUCACUAUCUCUUUCCUCAAGCGGCAUUUUAGUGUAUUCAUGUUACAAAAUGUAUGUAUUUCAUGUUUAAAUUUGUUUUCUUGACACUUUCAUUUUGUUGUUAUCUAAAUAUUCGAUUGGUUGUAUGGAUGUUGUCUUUCAGGCCUGAAGAAUAUCCAGAUUUGUCUUCAGACUAGUUUUAUGUGUUACAUUCACGCCUCCAGGUCUCUGUAGGCUUCAGUCCGACAGCACAAGGACGCCUGACAAAGCUCAACACGAUUUGUGUUAAGCUCAUCACAGCUUGUUUUUCUGUUCCGUUACAUCCGUUAUUGAAAUCUAUUGUAUAUUUUCUUUUGCUGGAUUUUGUUUGACACUAGUUACUGUAUGGAUAUUUAUAUACUUUGUAGUAGCAGUACGUGAACCACCUUCUCUACCAUCUCGUUUGUUUUUGUCUUUCAGCAUUACACAGAAAUACUAGUGCUCAAAUGUGGCAGUGAUGAGACGUUGAACCAUAUUUAGUGACCGAGAGCUUUAACUUGUCUUGCUUCUUUAGUUGUUUUUGUGUUUUUGAGCAGCGAGACCAUUUCAUGUGGAUAUCAUGCAAAGCACAAGGUGAUGCCUUUUAGACGUAUGCUUGUAUUUUAUUGAUAAAAAUAAGAAAAAAGGGGUGUUUGUCGAUUGUAAGCUUUGUAGAUAAAGUUUAUUCUCCCUUUUGCUCCUAACGUGGAACUUUUUGGUUCUGAUGAGAAGAUGUUGUGUCUGCCUUGUCUCAAAAUAGAUUUAUCUGUCUGAAUGCUUCAUCACACACCCUCCUCUGAGAUGCUAAUAUUGCACAGGAUAGAAGAGGAAAUACAUCCUGUCAGAUUACUGGAGUUCAUUCCCAUGUGUAUAUGUGCAGUCUGUUUCUGCAAAUAUCCUUGGUGGUGUUUUUAGAGAUACAUUUUGUCCAGUUUGGGUCAGGUGCUGUUAUCAACACUCUCACCCACAGACUGCAAAUCGAACAGGAACGACUGACUUUAAACUGUUGGACACUAACUUGAACAAAUGAUGUGUGAACACUUGCUAAACUGGUGGAAGAUUUGCAUAAGAUUAAAGUCGUAUCAGCUCCCGUCUGUCAAAACAUAAUCUGGAACUGCCUCCAUGUCUUUAGUGUGUGUGCGUGUGUGUGUUUGUGUGUUUUAAAUCUCCCUGUGUCAAACCACUUACUGUACUGUAUGUGGGAGGAAUAGAUCGUGUGCACGCCUGUGUGUUCUCAGCCUUGCUUCCACUCCUCCCCAGCACUGCAGCUUCAGAUAAAGUGAGGGAAAAAUUAUUUGCUUGGUGCUUAUUGAUGAUGAUGAAUGAUUUAUAAUUAUUUUAAUAAAUAAUGAAACACAA